GAGCGGGCCUGGAGCGUGGAGUCCGCGGCCCGGAGCCUGCGCCACCAAUCCGGGCCUGGGACCAACCUCUUCCAGCCGCGCCCGUCCCUAAUCGCAUUAGCUUGAGCGUUCCCGGGGCGCCUGCCUCGCAACUUCCUGGGAAGCUCGGGUUGGUGGCGUGGCCACUGUACGGGUGCAGUGUUCUAGAGAGUUCCCGCGCUCUGGUUUUUGGGAAUUCAAACGCCUUUGGAAAUUAAUGAGAUUAAUCUUUGCCGGCAGAAGAAUGGCACUGAAGCAGAUUUCCAGCAACAAGUGCUUUGGAGGACUGCAGAAAGUGUUUGAACAUGACAGUAUUGAGCUGAAAUGCAAAAUGAAAUUCGCUGUCUACCUACCUCCAAAGGCAGAGAGUGGGAAGUGUCCUGCACUGUACUGGCUCUCUGGUUUAACUUGCACUGAACAAAAUUUCAUAACGAAGUCAGGAUUUCACCAAGCUGCCGCAGAGCAUGGCCUUGUCAUCAUUGCCCCAGACACCAGCCCCCGUGGCUGCAAUAUUAAAGGAGAGGAUGACAGCUGGGACUUCGGCACUGGUGCUGGCUUUUACGUGAAUGCCACUGAAGAGCCCUGGAAAACUAAUUACAGAAUGUACUCUUAUGUAACAGAGGAGCUUCCUCAACUCAUAAAUGCCAAUUUUCCAGUGGACCCACAAAGGAUGUCUAUUUUUGGUCACUCCAUGGGAGGCCACGGAGCUCUGAUUUGUGCUUUGAAAAAUCCUGGAAAAUACAAAUCGGUGUCUGCAUUUGCUCCAAUUUGCAAUCCAGUGCUCUCUGUUUGGGGCAAAAAAGCCUUUAAUGGAUAUUUGGGAGCAGAUCAAAGUAAAUGGCAGGCUUAUGAUGCAACCUGUCUUGUGAAGUCCUAUUCAGGUUCUCAGAUAGACAUAUUAAUUGAUCAAGGCAAGGAUGAUGAGUUUCUUAUAAAUGGACAGUUACUCCCUGAUAACUUCAUUGCUGCCUGCACAGAAAAGAAAAUCCCUGUUGUUUUUCGACUACAGGAGGGUUAUGAUCACGGCUACUACUUCAUUGCAACCUUCGUGGCCGACCACAUCAGGCAUCAUGCAAAAUAUCUGAAUGCAUGAAAAACUCCAGAUGAGAAUCUCAUCAGGAUUAUAGAAGUUAAACAGAAUUACUGAGAAAAAGUAUUCAAAAUGGUGGAUUUCAUGUCAAAAGAACAUCCCUCUACAGUUGGAUCACCUUUCUGAAUAAAUAUGUAAAAUUUC